AACCGUUCAAUCUGGCAUCCCUGCCGGGUGUGUGUUAAACAGUACGUUUUGUGUAUUUGUAAUUUAACUAUUUUUAAGUGUAAACAAUGUGUUUUUUAAAAUAAUUUUACUAUAUAACAUUAAAAACUUAAUAACAUCUUUGCCAAUGUCCAAUUUCAAGGCUUUUAUAUGCUUUUUACAUUAAUGUGAGGUUCUCGUGCUUUGUCUUCGUGUGUGACAAUAUACUCAAAAUGGCGCAUCAACUGGCACCGUCUGUAAAUUGUUCAUUAGACGACAUUGACCUCAGCGCUCUAAAGGACCCCGCUGGCAUAUUUGAACUCAUAGAAGUAGUUGGAAAUGGUACCUAUGGCCAAGUGUACAAGGGACGACACACAAAGACAGGGCAGCUUGCUGCCAUCAAGGUGAUGGAUGUGACACAGGAUGAAGAAGAGGAAAUAAAGCUUGAAAUAAAUGUCCUAAAAAAGUAUUCCAAUCAUCGUAAUAUUGCCACAUAUUAUGGUGCAUUUAUUAAAAAGAGUCCGCCUGGUAAAGAUGACCAACUCUGGUUGGUCAUGGAAUAUUGUGGUGCUGGGUCAGUAACAGAUUUAGUGAAAUCCACAAAAGGCCAGUCAUUGAAAGAAGAAUGGAUAUCAUAUAUCUGCCGGGAGAUACUGAGAGGUCUCAGUUACUUGCACACCAAUAAGGUUAUUCACAGAGAUAUCAAAGGGCAAAAUGUACUGCUAACUGAUAACGCAGAAGUUAAACUUGUGGAUUUUGGAGUAUCGGCACAACUGGACAGAACUAUUGGCAGAAGAAAUACCUUUAUAGGCACUCCAUAUUGGAUGGCACCAGAAGUCAUUGCUUGUGAUGAAAAUCCUGAUGCUACAUAUGACAAUAGGUCUGAUCUAUGGUCUCUUGGAAUCACAGCACUGGAAAUGGCUGAGAGUCAACCACCUCUUUGUGACCUCCAUCCUAUGAGAGCUUUGUUUCUCAUUCCUAGGAAUCCACCACCUCGAUUAAAGGCAAAGAAGUGGUCAAAAAAGUUUCAUGGUUUUAUUGAAACUGUUCUUGUCAAAGAUUAUCAUCAGCGUCCUUACACUGAGCAGCUGUUGAAACAUUCUUUUAUAAGAGAUCAACCAAUAGAGAGACAAGUCCGAAUACAACUAAAAGACCAUAUAGACAGAUGUAAGAAAAGAAAACAAGAUAAUUCAGUGCGAGAGGACUACAAAUACUCAGGUUCUGAAGGUGAAGAAGAGGAGAAUGCUGUUGCAGGAGAACCAUCUUCCAUUGUACACAACGCGGCCGCACACCAGGGCGGCGAUACCUUGCGUCGCAACUUCCAACAGAUACAGGAAUGCAGAGCUCCCGCCGAUGCUCCACAACCGCAGCCGCCACCGAAACGCAACAGCAAGCGUGAAGAUCGAGAAGAAAUUCCUGAACCUGGUCCGCCGGCGAGGCCUUCCAUCCCCCAAAGACUGAUUGUUGUGCCAGAUCCGCAGAUGCAGCAGCCUAAUAGAUACAGGCCACUUCCACCAACACCAAAGUCUUCAGGGUCGUCGAACAGUUCGGGAUCUAACAAUGGCACUCCACCCGCCAGCGGGCCGCAGCCACCACAGCGCGGGUCACAUCACAUGUUCAAACCUAUGGUCCCGCUACGAAGGCCAGAGGAUUUGGAUAAAUUAGCCGCGCAACUUAACGAGCUGGGCGUGGUGUCCGGAAAUGAACCGCCUAAUCGACCUCCGCGUGCGCCCGCUAAUGGUCAAGGACCUCCCGUGGAGAGGAAUCCUCCAGAACCAACUUUCGAGGACUCGGAUAGUGACUCUGAGGCCGAAGAGAGCGGUGGCAGAGUGCGCAACGAUGGCACGUUAUUAGCCAGCGAUCCGCCUAAACCUCUGCCAGGGCUGAGCGCGGUGUCGGAGGACGCGGGCGCUGGCGGCGCGAGCGGCGCCGGCAGCGGAGCGGGCGGGGCGCCCACGCGGCCGCUGCCGCCCACGCCUGACGACGAUGACCACGGCGAUAGGACGCUCGUCAUGAAAAGGAGGGAAGGCUCUGAAAACGAUAAAAGACAGUCCGACGUUGAUGAAGCCGUGCUACUCAGGGAUUGGGACUUCGCUAGAUUCUUCCCGUCGAGAAACAGCGAAGUCCAAGAAGAGAAGUCAAACGUACCGAAAGAGACUGAACGAAAACGAGCACAAAUACAAUCUCAAUCCAGAAUAGAGAUGGAGGAUGCUUGGGCCAAAUACAAAGCUAUCGCAACACCGCCCUCGCGUCACAAACAAUUAUUCCAAAAAUCUAACGAAAAAUCAACACAAGAGAAAUUAUCUGAUCUGUUGAAACAUAAGAAGGAACAAGAUUUGGAAAUCAGUUCUCCAAACAGAUUCUUUAGAGGAUUUAGGAGAGAAAACUCCGAUUUCUUUCCGUUGCCUAGUACACGUCACUCUGCCAUUUACUUUCCAAAACAUGAUAAUCAAAUAGGAGCCACUAAACAGCUCAGAUCCAGUGGAUUUUUUAAUAAUACUCGUAAACAAAAUAUGAAAUCGACUACAGGAGAGCCUAUAUUGACCGACUUCAUAAAAAUGAAUGACAGUCUUAAAAAGUCAACACCGGGAGAAGUAAAGAAAAAUGAAAAAAAUCCUAGUGACAAAAAAACAACAAGCAAUAAUCCCAUAGACGCUCUAAAGAACGUAGCAGCCCUUAUCAGACAGGAUAGUGAAAGUAAUGGUCCCAGCCGACAGAGUAGCGUGAACAGCGACUCCCCGGCGACGAGCAUCUGUUUCUCGAGCAGUGCGUCGUUCGAGAAGGCCGGCACCCCCGACCUGACGGCGAGCACGCUCGAGAACAAGGCUCCGCCCGACAACCUCACAGAUUCGAAUGGUGUUAUGAAGCCACGCAGGGAAAAGACUGAAUCCGAUAUAGUUUAUCGAAGAAAUUCACUUUAUAAUCGGCACACAGAACUUAUGUCGAGUGGGCAGGAAGCGGUACUCGCACAGGAUCAGGGUCGCCCGAGCGAGGGCAGCGGCGGCGCUCGCACCAGCUCGGUACUGCCAGACUUGCUAAGCCAGGCCGGCCAGCCCGCCACGCCACCCAGACACGACAAGUCCACCAGUGAAGAGUAUAGGCAAGCGAUUGCGGGAGGCACGCCGCUGCCCCCUCACCACCAUCACCAUCACCACCCUCCGCCUUCGUCCUCAGUCCAGUCUACCCCGUCCAAGUCCUUCUUGGCGAGCACCGGCUCCCCACUCCAACACUCGCCCUCCAAUUCGUCAGUGGGCUCGCAACAAUUCCUUCCCUUGCAACAGAAGCAGCGUUCAUUCCUCACAUUCGGGUUCGGCGCUGGCUCCACCGGUACCGGCGGCACCGGAACUGGCACCGGCGGCUCAAGCGGCAACGCCUCGCGACGCGAGAGCCACGUCAACGUUAACGUCACCCCCACUGGCCAUGAUCUCUCUUCUGACACUCCUGAGAUACGUAAAUACAAGAAGCGAUUUAACUCUGAAAUCCUCUGCGCGGCAUUAUGGGGUGUCAAUUUGCUCAUUGGUACAGAAAAUGGUUUGAUGUUGUUGGAUCGUUCGGGUCAAGGCAAGGUUUAUCAAUUAAUAUCACGACGCCGCUUCCAGCAAAUGGAGGUUCUAGAAGGGCAGAAUAUUUUAGUGACCGUCUCAGGAAAAAAGAAUCGCGUUCGUGUAUACUACCUCAGCUGGCUUAAAUCAAAGAUCUUGCGUACUGAUGGGCUUAGUGACCAAGUAGAACGAAGAAAUGGAUGGAUAAAUGUAGGCGAACUCCAAGGCGCUGUACAUUUCCGAAUCGUAAAAUACGAAAGAAUCAAGUUCCUUGUAAUUGCUCUUAAGGACUCAAUUGAAAUAUAUGCAUGGGCGCCUAAACCAUAUCACAAAUUUAUGGCCUUUAAAAACUUCGGAGAUUUACAACAUAGGCCUCUAUUAGUAGACCUUACUAUUGAAGAAGGAACAAGACUGAAAGUUAUUUAUGGGUCUGCAGAUGGUUUUCAUGCUGUUGACCUAGACACUGCCACAGUCUAUGAUAUUUAUAUUCCAAAACAUACACAAGGAGCUAUUACUCCUCAUUGUAUCGUACCUCUUCCAAAUUCAAAUGGUGUGCAAUUGUUACUAUGCUAUGAUAAUGAAGGUGUAUACGUAAACACAAACGGACGAGUUAGCAAAAAUAUAGUACUUCAAUGGGGUGAAAUGCCUACUUCAGUCGCAUAUAUCGGAACAGGACAAAUCAUGGGUUGGGGUAACAAAGCUAUAGAAAUUCGCUCUGUUGAAAGUGGACACCUUGACGGCGUUUUUAUGCACAAGAAAGCUCAGCGACUUAAAUUUCUAUGUGAACGUAAUGAUAAAGUAUUUUUCUCUUCUGCCAAAGGUGGCUCAUCUUGUCAGAUAUAUUUCAUGACGCUCAACAAACCUGGCAUGGCUAAUUGGUAGUGUCAGGGGGCUACCUACAAUGAGAGCGCCCGCGAUCUGUGAUGUAAGUCUGCGAUGUACGCAACGUAACUCCUGUUAUGUACAUGUCAUUAUUGUACAACAUGCCAGUAGUUAAGUCAAUAAACAUUACAAAAGUUUUAUCAAAUGGUUUGGCCAUUCGUAAUUCAAAGACUUGUGAUAGUGGCAGAUUUAUAAUGUGCUCAAAAGACAAUCCACAAAAUAUUAUUACAAUCAAGUGUACGAGGACCCUCUUUUAUUGAAUUGAAUGGUACCAUUUUGUACUGACAUUAUUACAAUUCGAAAUGCUGAUAAAUAUUGUAAUAUUAAGCAAUAACCUUUAGGAUAAAUAUUUUGAUAUUGACAAAUAUUCAUAAGUAAGUUAAAUACUGCUUAGGUUUUAUAUUAUGUUGCAAUUGUUUAUUUCUUAAAGAAAAUGUAAUUCAAGCUAUUAAUUCAUAUAUGCCAUAAUUAUUAUAUCGUUUGUAAUGGUAAGCUAGUUGGGUGAAAUAUAAUUGGUUACGAAAUAACAUUUGUUUGCAAAUCAGAAGCAAUGCCAUGUCCGACACAUUCUAAAUAAAGUUUUAUUACAAUUAUUGACAAUUUAUAUGCAAUUUAGGUAAUGUAAAUUUAAUCCUCGAAUCUUUAAGGCUACUUUUAUAAAUUGGCAUUUAGUCGAGUCACAUUGUAUUAUAAUUACUACACCAAACAUUUUUAAUGGAUAAAUCCUAAAAUUUGGUACUAUUUAUUAUUUAUUUGUUACUAUGUACUAUAUUAUUUACAUGUAUAAAGAUGUAACUGUGCAUAUUGAAAAUUAUAUAUUUGAUGACUUUUUAUUUCAAAAAUAUCUUAGUGAAAUAAAAUAUUUAAAAAUGA